AUGGAGAUUGUUGCUCCACUCAGUGUAUUUGCGGGCACCCAGAAUCAGCCGUAUCCUGAGGUAGAAUCCUCUCCGCUCCGUAACGAAGGCGUUUAUUACAAUCCAUUCUCCGAUACUCUUGGGCCGUCCGACCGUUACUUGAAGUACUCGGGGGAUGUUUUGGGAAAAGGCGCGUUCAAAACUGUCUAUAGGGCGUUUGAUUUGAUAGCAGGCCGAGAGGUGGCUUGGAACGAGGUCGUCCUCGACACUCUGGAGCCAAUGGCAUCAAGCAAGCUAUUUCAGGAGAUCAAGGCUCUCAAAGAUGUUGACCACGAGAAUAUAAUUAAGCUCUAUGAUCAUUGGUUCGAAGGUAGCAAUCUGCUCAUCUUCACGACUGAGCUCAUGCCGUCUGGGUGCCUAAAGAAGUACUUGAAGAAGAACCCCACAGCCCUGACAACCCCUGUGCUUAAGAGUUGGGCCCUUCAGAUCUUAGAAGCCCUAAACUACAUGCACACGUGUCAACCAAAGAUAAUCCAUCGCGACAUUAAGGCACAAAAUAUAUUUAUUAACGGGGCCACUGGUGUUGUUAAGGUCGGGGAUCUGGGUCUGUGCGCUUCGCUAGGCCUUCAAUCUACAGCAGUCAGUUGCAUAGGGACACCUGAGUUUAUGGCGCCUGAAACAUACAGCAAUGCACACUAUGAUGAGAAGGUGGAUAUCUAUGCAUUCGGUAUGUUGCUGUUGGAACUUAUUACGCGCGAUACCCCAUACCUAGAGUGUGCGAAUAUAGUUGAUGUGCUCAAGAAGGUCGAGGGCAAUAUCCCACCGAACGGGCUAAAUAAAGUUGUUCACAAGGAGAUGAAGGACCUUAUAUUGCUAUGUAUUAAUAAGGAUCCCUCUGCUCGCCCGAGUGCACGCGAGUUGCUAAGCAAGCCCUUUCUGUCAAAUAUGUCCGACACAGGAAAGCUCACCACCGAUGCAAAGGACCAUGGACCCUCUGCACAAGUAUCUCUUGGAACACAUGAACAAACUAUGCAGUCAACAGGCCAUACUGCUGUUAACGCGGCUCAGACAGCUCUAAAACUUCCACAGCAAUCCUCUCUACCAAUUUCUUCGCCACGUGGUCCUCAGCAGUCCCACAUUCCACAGUCUUUAUCUAAGCCUGUGUGCCCGGCGAGCAUGGGCGUUAGUGUUGUUAAUGUUGCUGUGCCCACUACAGCAGUGACAAACUCUUUGAGCCAUGUGCUUGCUUCUGAGACUGUGUCCACUGAUCAGUCAGGCUCUAUUCUCCAUGUUCCUGCCAAUUUAGAUACAGCCUCUUCAGUUGUAAUUAAGCGCAGACCAACCAAGUCUAGUCUCACGUCUCGCAUCAACGUUGAAAUUUCUCUUCCGAAUCAAGUAUCUUUUGUCUACGUACUUUCUCUGAUGGACAAACCGGUGGAGAUUGUCGAUGAGUUGGAAAUGGUCCAUGACAAUGUAGGGUUGUAUAGAGAGGAGCUCCUGGUUAGGCUUCAGCAAUUCCUUGACGAGAAUAUGAUUGAUAAAUCUGUUGUUGAUCCCGCACUCGAUAAGGAGGAUGCCCCCAAAGUGAUAUCUUCGGAUUCUCUUCCUGCCCCAGAAGCAAAGGUGGAUCCAUUAGGAGAUAACCAGAACGUUGAUGAGCAGUUCACCUGUGCUAUGCAGGAACUCAAUGGUUAUCUGAUGAUCCAUACAGAUAUAAUUCCAGAAUAG